AUGGCGUCUUUCUCCGACUCGCCUCUGGAAAUUAUCGCGGAGAUAAUCGACGCUCUUCAGGAUGAUAUUGCCGCCUUGGAGGCAUGCUCUCAGACAUGCUCACUGCUUCUACCAUUGUGCCGCAAAUACAUCUUUCGAUCCAUCCAUAUCAGUGCUCGUUCCUACCCACAAAGAAGCCGUCCACGCCUCAUCAAAUUAUUCGGAAUUCUUCUCAAAAACAAUCCAGGAAUUUCAGAUUUGGUUCGGAAUUUCGUAUUCCGUAUGUGUUCGCCUGAUCUUGAAGAUGAUGAGGUGCCCUGGGUACUGGGAAGGCUUCACCAUCUUCAAUCUUUCGAGCUGGGGAUUGGUGACCCUACAACAAUAGAGUGGAAUGCAUUACGCCAACCCCUUCGAGACGUCUUAUUGCGUCUAAUCCAAUUGCCUUCCCUCUCCCGCUUGCGUAUAUCAUACAUCUAUGAUUUCCCAAUCACUGUCUUCUUUCCUUGCAUGAAUCUAGCCGACCUCACCUUGACCUGCAUCACAAAACCUACUAUGGCGGUGAGAUAUGAGGAAGAUAUUUCUGCACCGGAAGCCGCCCCACAGCUUCAGUCAUUUGCUUUCCGUCGGGACCGUGGUUCAUAUACAAUGUACCUUCUUAACGCCAGACGUCCCAAUGGCGUUCCUGUUCUAGACUUCAGUAAAGUUCGAACGUUGACCGUCGAGGCGGAUAGAGAGCAAGAUUUGGUGGCAAUCCACGCAUUGAUCAGGGCCACAAAGCAGCUUGAAACUCUGAAAUACACAACUGACAUAACCCAGGGAUACACAGGUUUUGCUGCAUCGAUGAACGCGUCAUCCCUGUCAACGUUGAGGACGUUGCGCCUUCAGCAUGACAUCGAAGAUGACAUUCAAGACCCUUUGUGUGGAAUCUGCGAGGAACUUAGCAUCAUUUCGGGGCGCAACGUGAUUGAAGAAAUAUUCCUGGACGUCGUCGUCCAAACUGACUGUCAGUGUAAAACCGGAAGUGAAUGGGGGGGAUUGGAUGCUGUACUCUCGCGUGGUUUCCCCAAGCUUCGCACCGUUUCACUCGACGUCGAAAUCUGUGUUUUCGCACCGUCCUCACCUCAAGCUGCGUUACAGGAACAGGUAAACGAGAUUCCGAGGAAGUACUUUCCAUGGCUGUCCAGUAACGUACAAGUAACGUUCAAAUUUUCAUCCGACGUGUAUUGGGUUUAA